GUUGGAGGACCCAAGGGUGAGAAUGCUCAACUUCACAGGCUCCACCCGCGUCGGAAAAAUUCUCGCCCGGAUCUGCGCCGAAGGCCUAAAACCUUCCAUCCUCGAACUCGGCGGUAAAGCUCCCGCGAUCGUGCGUGCUGAUGCGGAAUUCGAUAAGGCUGCAAGGGAUGUGCUGUGGGGUGGGUGGGUACAUCAGGGACAGGUGUGUAUGAGUACGGAGAGGGUAAUUGUUGAUGACAAUGUGAUGGAGGAGUUCGUUGGGGCGUUGAAGAAGGCUGCGGAGGGGGUCAAGGCCGGGCCCAUGUCUGAUCCUUCUACGAACGUGAAGGGGUUGAUUUCGGUAGAGGCGGCGGACAGGUUUGAGGAGUUGGUCAACGACGCAGUCUCGAAAGGCGCAAAAGUCAUCAUCCCCGAAACCGGCUUCAAACGCGACCGCAACAUUGUCACCCCGGUUGUCCUAUCGAACACCGAUGAAACGAUGGCAAUCCACACCCAAGAAACCUUCGCCCCCUGCCUCCUCCUCCUCCCCUCCCCCUCCGACGCCACUUCAAUCUCCAUCGCAAACUCCACUCCCUACGGCCUUACCGCCUCCAUCUUCACCCGUGACACCCACGCCGCACUUCGCAUGUCCAAGAAACUCGAAUGCGGAGCUGUGCAUGUUAACUCGCCGACAAUUGAGGAUCACCCUGCCGUCGUCCAUGGAGGAUGGAAGGAGAGUGGGUGGGGGAGGUUUGGCGGGGUUGAGGGGGUUAGAGGGCAUCUGCAGUUGAGGAGUGUGAGUGUUAGGGAGGGUGGGGGACAUUUCAGUUUGUAAGCGGAAUGUGUGGGGUGACGGCGAAGAACAGAGCAGCCAAGCAGAUAUGUCGCAGUCUUAGCAAAAGCAAAGCAUAGUCAAGGUGUCUAGGGUCUUCUCUAAGCAGAGCUUCUUGCGUGUCUCCUUAACCCUUUCAGGCAAACAUGGCGAAUAGCUAACUACUCACUAAUCCUCCCAACCAAACCCAAUCGAAAGUAUAUAUGCCCGUAACGACUCCCCUCCGCAGGCGGGGAUUCCUCAUGUGUAGACCAAGUCUGGACAACCACCUUGCGCCAAACGCAUACCACGUACAGAAGAACGUAAAACCAAGACAAGU